AUGAAAUUCCCAUCUCUUCUUCUUGGACUUCACCUGGCAGAAGCGGCUACGCUCGGGUCUCGAACAGCCCACAAACCCAAAACCAGCCAAGGGAGCUGGACAAGACAGAGCCUCAUCGGACAAGGACCACGUCAAGAGCAUUCUGUGACGAGCAUCGGCAGUGACAUCUAUCUCGUCGGCGGUGUUGCGUACGACAGCCUCUCCGUCCCGGAAACGCUCAACCGAGUCGAAUAUUACAACACUGAGGACAAAAGCUGGCAUGUUGCCGCACCCCUACCAGUACCGCUCAAUCACGGCAACACAGCGACUGUCGAUGGCAAGAUAUACUUGCUGGGCUCACUGUCUGGCGCAAUGGACUGGGUCGCCAUGAACAGUUCAUACGUCUACCAGCCCUUCAAUGAUACCAUCACGCCCAUGCCCAACGGCACCGCCAGAGGUUCCAGCGCUAUGGGAGUGCGCGACAGUAAAAUCUACGUGGCCGGCGGCAUGACCAUCCUCCAAGCAUACGAAGGCGGUCAUCAAGACAGCGUCUCCAUGGUAUCAUCCUAUGACACCCUCACAGACAGCUGGGAUAUCGACUACCCACCUCUCCCGGAGCCACGCCAGCACGUCGGCGGUGCAGUCAUCAGCUCAACCUUCUACGUCAUUGGCGGUCGCGAGAAUGGCAUCCAUCAGUACCACAAUACCACCUACGCUCUUGACCUCGACAACCCCGUGGAGUGGAAGGAGCUCUCGCCGAUGCCGACAGCUCGCGGUAGCCUAGCUUGUGCUGCGGUUGGGAAAAAGAUUUAUUGCUUUGGCGGAGAAGGCGACCGCUCGAACCCACAGCAGAUUUUCCAUGAAACGGAGGUGUAUGAUACGACGACGGAUAGCUGGGAGACGCUACUGCCGAUGGAGGUUCCGAGACAUGGCACCGGGGCUACGGCGGUGGGCAAUAAGGUGUAUAUUCCUGGAGGUGGUGUGACGAGCGCGUUCUAUCCAGUAGGAAUUAUGGAUGCUUUUGUCGUUGAUGGGGAGGCUUGA